AUGGGUUUGGUUAUUGAGAGCUUUGUUUGGGAACCAAGCUCAACUGUCUUCGUCUUCUUCUUCCUCUCCACAUUUCUGUCGAUUUUUCUGUUUCCACACUUCGCCAAAAACAAAACUUUCGGUAGCUUCGAUCAUACCGUUUCCUCUUCUUUCGCUCGCUUCCAGAGAUGGUUUCUAGCUAUCUACACUCUCUCUUCAGUAAUGGAAGGUUUAUGGUCGGUGUAUGGAGAAUUGGAGUUGGAAUCUUAUGGUUUAAGUAAAGAAUCGAUGGUGUUUUAUCUCUGUGUUGGCUACUCCACCAAUCUUAUUCUCGGUCCUUUACUUGGUGUGCUCUCUGAUCUCAUAGGUGAGAAGAGAUUUUGUCUCCUCUAUUGCGUCUUGCAUUUCAUUGUUGGUGUGUGGAAGAGGAUUACUAUGAGUCCAAGUGUAUGGUUUGCAAAUGUUUGCCUGUCUCUUGCCGGUCUUAUAUAUUCAUUUGGGUUUGAGACAUGGCUUGUUGUGGAACAUGAAAAGCAAAGUCAGCGGAAUGACUCGUUGAAUGAGACAUUCUGGUUGAUGACUUUUCUCGAGUCUGUGUCCUUAAUUGGAGGUCAAGUUCUUUCGAAUUGGCUUGUGGAUGAAAGUGUUCAGCAUGGCAUUGCAUUGUCUGCUACAACGUCUAUGUUCUUGUCUGUUGUGGCCAUUGUUUGUAUCGUAAAGACUGCAAAAGAGCCUUUGAAGACCCUUCCAGUGAGGGAUUAUUCUAUAGCUUUCUAUGCAUAUGUUCUUGGUGAUAAAAGAAUAUGGUUUCUGGGAACUUCACAAGCCUGCCUCCAGUUUGCCACUGCUGUCUUUUGGAUUCUUUGGGCACCAUUGAUAGUGGCGGAUGGGCGAGAAGUGAAUCUGGGAUUGAUAUAUCCAUGUUUCUUGGGUUCAAGAAUGCUUGGGAGCACAGUUUUCCCAUGGCUAAUGAGUGGACAAUCAUUGCUCCGGCUUGAAGAUUGCGUAGUGUACAUAUACGCAAUACUUGGGCUUGUGUUUUCUAUUGUAGCGUAUGAUUAUCAGGAAAUCCGAACCUUAGUAGUACUUUUCUGCUUAUUUCAUGGCUGUGCUGGGCUGCUGCUGCCGUUGCUUGCAAGAUUGAGAACCAUGUAUGUGCCAAAUGAACUGCGUGGAGGGAUGAUAAGCCUCUCUCAAGUCCCAGCUAAUGCUGCUAUUUUGUUUUGCUUAAUACAGAGAGGGUAUUCCCAAACGUUGGAGAAUUCAACAAUGAUGGCUUUUGGUGCCAUUUCUUUAUUCACUGCAUCUGGUUGUAUAUAUUUGUUGAGACGAUGGGGAAAGUCACCACACCAUGACUGGCAUAAAUUAUGA